UUUCUCUCUAGCAAACGGCGAUUGCUGAAAAAGGCAGAAUAUUUUUGUGGACUGUACUAGUUUCAGCGCGCUGGAUGAAAUGUCUUCGUCAAGGAGAGAAGUGCUUGUAUCAAAAGUCCUAAAGAGAUUAUAUUCGAAGGAUAUUCCUUGUGCUUCCAAUUUGCACCUUCAAUCAAAAAAUAAUACACCAUCUUGUACAGGAUCAGAAGUGUCAGAUGAUAGGACAGAACCUAGCCUAAAAGCAAAAAAAGGGGAAAUUGUUCAUCUUCCAACAGAAUCUUCCAUAGAUGGAGAAAAUGAAUUUUUGGAUAAGCAGAAAGUAUACACAGUGAGCUUACCUCCUGAAGGCUGCUUACCAAACUUUGACAAUAGCUGUGAGUCAUCAAGUUCAGUAGACUCUGAAAAUAAUGAAGAAGCAGAGGGGAAUGCCUUGAGGCAUAGAAGGCGGAGGAAAAAAAAGAAAGGUGGUAUUUCUCCAGCAGACCCUCAAACUCUGCAAAGAAAGUUACAUGGUGAAACAGUUAAGAGUGGAACUAUUAAUAAAAACAAAAGAAGGAAACUGCAAAGAAAACGUCAAAAAGAAAGGAUGAAGGCAGCUGGACUCUUGCCCAGAGCUGGUGCUGUGGAUUUUGUAUAUCAGCCAGAGGAAGGUGUGCCGGAUAAAGAGACUCUUAAUAAAUCCAGUGAUCAGGCUACUGAAGACCAAAGGAAAAAGUCUGAUGAACUUCUGGAUUUCUUUCAAGCAACUCAAGAAAUUUACUUCGCUGACAGUAAAUCAAAAUGUUCAGAUUCUGCUUUGUCCUUUGAUAUUGUUCUUGACAUUCUGAGCCAGAUCAAGAACGCUGCCAUUCCUCCGUCAGAUGUGAACAUGUUACAUCAUCUUAAGACCCUACUACUUCUACAGGAUAUUGAAAGAUUAAAGGGAGCUUUGAAUGACUUCAAAGAGCAUUCCGUUCUGCCUUUUGAUCAAAGAGUAACAAUAUGCUCCCUGCUUCACUAUUGGAUCACUGAUAUCCUGCCCAUACAAAAUGCAAAAUAAAGUUUUUAUAUCAGA